AUGAUCCCACCCUGCGACGCCUCCAUUCUCGAACACAAUCCACAAUUCAAACGACUCUAUGAGACCUUGACAACUACACUGCUAAAUCCUGAUGGAUCGACACGUACUCAGGAUACAGACCCGGCGCGGACAGCUGCUGUGGGGGACCUGAAACAAUGCCAGACUCAGAGUGCAAAGAAGCGAUUGAAGACGCAGAUGCUUCGACGGCUAGCGUUUGCGUCGGACAGCGAGUUACCCGAGAAGUGCCAUGACAACCUCGCCAUUAUCUCACUCUACCUCGAGACCCCGCGCGCCGCAAUCGAGCUUGACAACUCUAAACAAGACGGAGACGACAAUGCGCUUUCCCUUCUGGCGCCUGAGAUCGAAGCAUUCUACUCCCAUAUCCCGGUCUUCAUCCUGCCCUUCUCGAACCUCGUCUCCUCGGCUGUCCAUGACCUGCGAACGUUAGCUACUGCCGGAACUAGAUCCGGUGACGCCGACACGGACCUUGCAACACUGGCUUCAUCUUCACGAAGUAUCCCGGGGCCGUCGCGUCCAACCCAUAAUGCUCGCGCCCGCGCCCGAGACCGCAGGGUGCGGACUUCGAUGGCGCCCGUCCCGCCUCUCUCGUCGCAACUCCACAAUCGUAUCACAGCUCUUCGCCAUACACAGCUAUCGGAGAUGCCCGCAGCUCGGCGCCAGAUGGCCGCGACUGCCGCGGCAGUUCUCGCAGCACGGACGCGGGUUCUGGAGCGGACGGUGGUGAUUCUCGAGCGCGCGAAACAUGGCGCGUUGGCGAGAGCCACCAAGGCCAAGGCCGAGCACCUGGCCACUGUUGCGCAAGGGGUGGAGGGGAAAGUGGAGGUCACCAAGCUCGAAAUCACGGCUACUCUCUACACACCGGAAACCGUUGCUGCGCUCAACCGGUACCAGCAGCAUCUGCGGGAGACUCGAACUCGACUCGACGAGCGGCGCGCCAUCGCUGUUGAAGAACUGAAGCGGUACGGGGAUGUGGAGGGGUCCGAUGGCCCUGCUACGGAGGCGGGGGCAGAUGGAGGAACACUAGCUGAGAUCGCUCGCCGGUACGGGCUACUGGUGAGCGAAGUCGAGACGGUCAAAAUGGAGAUCGCCCGACUGGGCGAGUGA